GAAUUGAAUAAAAGGUCAGUGGCGAUCGAAACACGAGCCAAAUUGAUCCCAACCAUCAACGGAAGUGUUACACUUACCCACAUACCCUACAGAAAAAUGGUCCAACUUACGGUAUCAAAGCGCGUUGCUCUUCCGGUGUUGCUUACCAUAGCAGGCUUGGCCUUUGGAGCACUGGCCCAAGAAGCUUGCGACGGCGUUCCGGAUGGCUAUUUUGUGCAAAAUAAGAACGACUGCAAGGCCUACUAUUAUUGCCGCAAUGGAACAGCUCAGUUGAACAAGUGCCCGGGCGAUUUCUACUUUAACGAACUGAAACAGGUCUGCGACUACCGGGACAAAGUGAGUUGCCACGUGUGCCAACAACAGACCGGAUUGCAGGUUCUACCUCAUCCCGAAAAGUGUGAGGAAUUCAUCGUAUGCUCGGAGGGCUACUCGACCGUUGGACACUGCAGCGAGGGCUAUCUGUUUGAUAGCCAGCGUUCAGCCUGCCAUCCGGCUGCACGCGUUAAGUGCAACACCGUACGAUGUCCGCAGCAGGACAAUCCCAAUGAAAUCGUCUAUCUGCCGAGUGUACAGCGCUGUGACGAGUAUUUCAUCUGUCAGUCGGGUAUGCCCGUACAAACGUUCUGCGCCCCCGGAUUGUACUGGGAUCGCAUCAACCAGCGGUGUGAUUUGUCACAAAACGUUUCCUGCACUCUGUGAUUUCGUUCGUUCAUUCUAUUGUGAGCACUAGAAUAAGCAACUGUAAAAAUGAAAAGUUUUUCAUUCUUCACCGAAAGUGUAAAAAUGGAUUUAGUACUCUGGUGCGCACGGUACGGCACACCAAUAGGAUAAUUGUUCUCAUACAAAUGGCGAAAAACUAGAAAUAAAAAGUAACAAUACAAAGGACAAACGCAA